AUCCGACUUGCGUUCUCCCUUAUCGGUGCUUUUAACAGACAUGCUGCGAUUAUCAAGAUCAUUGGCCUCUUCCUCGCUGCGCGCCGCCGCGACCCAGGCGACCAUCGGCUCGCUUGGUACUUCUGCCAUCCGCACCUUUGCCGGCGCUGCUGCUGCCCACAGCAUCUUCCUGUCGUCGCCCGCCGCCUCUACUGGCUCUGGAUCUGUGUCUCCGUUCCGAUACCAUCAAGUCCGCUUCAUGGCGGACAAGGUCAUCAAGACCCCCCAGAUGGCCGAGUCUAUCUCGGAAGGCACUCUGUCAAAGAUCCACAAGAAGAUCGGCGACUUUGUUGCUCGCGACGAGCCCAUCGCUACCAUUGAGACCGACAAGGUCGAUAUCACUGUCAACGCCAGCGAGUCCGGAACCGUUCUCGAGUGGUUUGCCGCCGAGGGUGAUACCAUCGAGGUUGGCAAUGACCUCUACAGAAUCGAGCUCGGCACUGCUCCCGCUGCCGGUGCUGCCCCGCCAAAGCCCGCUGAGGCUCCCAAGGCCGAGGCCCCCAAACCCGCCGCUCCUGCGGCUGCUCCUCCCAAGCCUGCUGCCAAGCCUGCGGCUGCUCCCGCUCCCGCUGCCGCCCCCAAGGCUGCUGCUCCUGCCGCUCCCUCGCCCCCCAAGCCCGCUGCCCCCGUCGUCUUUGCUGACGAUGAGGCCGGUAUUCUGCCUGGAAGCCGCGACGAGCGCCGCGUUAAGAUGAACCGCAUGCGCCUGAAGAUUUCGCAGCGCCUCAAGGAGUCUCAGAACACCGCUGCCUCUCUCACCACCUUCAACGAGAUUGAUAUGAGCAACCUGAUUGAAAUGCGCAACAAGUACAAGGACCUCGUAUUGGAAAAGCACGGUGUUAAGCUCGGAUUCAUGUCUGCCUUCCUGAAAGCCUCCAGCGCUGCUCUGCGAGCUGUGCCCGAGGUCAACGCUCGUAUCGAGGGCGACGAGAUUGUCUAUGCCGACUACGCCGACAUCAGCGUCGCUGUUGCCACCCCCAAGGGUCUGGUCACCCCCGCGCUGCGAAACGUCGAGUCUAUGAGCUGGGUGCAGGUCGAGAAGGCCAUGGCUGCCCUUGCCAAGAAGGCCAAGGAGAACAACAUCACCCUCGAGGAUCUCGCUGGCGGCACCUUCACUAUCUCCAACGGCGGUGUCUUUGGCUCGCUCUACGGCACCCCCAUCAUCAACCAGCCCCAGAGUGCCAUCCUGGGCAUGCACGCUGUCAAGGAGAGAGCCGUUGUCGUCAAGGGACAGGUCGUUUCCCGUCCUAUGAUGUACGUUGCCCUGACCUACGACCACCGUCUCGUUGACGGAAGAGAGGCCGUUACCUUCCUGGUCAAGAUCAAGGAGGCCAUUGAGGACCCCCGCCGCCUCCUUCUGGACGUCUAAGUGCUCUGGAACCGCAGUAGUCCCCGCAGGUGCUUCGGCCCCGCCCCCAUGUAUCUGAAAAAAUUUCCGUAGACUCCUCCAGCACGCUGUUCAACUUCAUGAUUCUUCUUCCAUGUAUGCGGUAUGCCCUUCUUCCCUCGUUCCCCUCCUCCCUCUUGUUUCCCCGCCUCUCGCACCCCUUAUUUUGUUGCAACGAUCAAUUCUCGGGGAACGGGAUACGCCGGGGCGUCUGGGACUGCCGGCGACUCGUCGGCAGCCCGGAUUGCUUUGCGUCUCCCCUCCCUCCUCAUGCGCACUCAUCUGCAUACGGAGCCACAGUAGAAGACGAUCCGCAAAUACACAAAAGUCGGUGAUGAGCCUGUGUCAGCCGAAUAUGAA